AUGAGCGGUAAAGGAACAUCAUCAAGAGCAUAUGACAUGAUUAUGAAAUUAUUGUUGGUUGGGGAUUCCGGUGUUGGGAAAUCAUGUUUAUUGUUGCGUUUUGUUGAAGACAAGUUUAACCCUUCAUUUAUAACUACUAUUGGUAUUGAUUUCAAAAUCAGAACCAUUGAAAGCAAAGGAAAAAGAAUCAAAUUACAGGUUUGGGAUACAGCUGGUCAAGAAAGAUUCAGAACCAUCACCACUGCUUACUACCGUGGUGCCAUGGGAAUUGUUUUAAUAUAUGAUGUCACUGAUUCAAGAUCAUUUGAAAAUGUUGAGAAUUGGUUCCAAACAGUUACUCAACACGCUAAUGAGGAUGCCCAGAUAUUUUUAGUUGGUAACAAAUGUGAUGAUGAAGUCAACAGACAGGUUUCUAAAGAACAAGGUCAAGAAUUAGCUGCUAAAUUGAAUGUUCCAUUUUUGGAAGCCAGUGCCAAAAGCAAUGAAAAUGUUGACUCCAUCUUUUACGAAUUGGCUAGCAUUAUUCAAGAGAAGCAUGUUGAAGAGAAUAUUGGUGGUGUUGGUGGUGCCGGUGGUGCUGGUGGCAUAGAUGUUUCUCAAAAUAACUCUGGAGCAAAAAACAACUGUUGCUAG